AUGAAUCGUUUGUUCGGUACAAAAAACACUGCUCCAAAAGCCACAUUGAAUGAUGCCAUUUCAGGUAUUGAUAACCGAGUGGCGUCUUUUGACGUUAAACUAGCAAAAAUCAACGCAGAACUAUCAACUUAUCAACAAAAAAUUGGUCGCAUGAGAGAUGGGCCUGGAAAAAAUGCUUUACGACAAAAAGCCUUAAAAUUAUUAAAACAAAGAAAACAAAUCGAAGCUCAAAAAGAUGCUCUGGAGACCCAAUCAUGGAAUAUGGAGCAGGCAUCUAUCCAGACAGAUAAUUUGCGAAAUGCUCUUGUUACUGUCGAUGCAAUGAAAUCAGCAAAUAAGGAACUUAAGAAGCAAUACGGGAAAGUUAACAUAGACAAGAUUGAAUCUCUGCAGGAUGAAAUGGCGGAUCUGAUGGAUAUGUCUCAAGAACUCCAGGAUACCAUGUCCCGAAACUAUGCUGUUCCUGAUGAUAUUUCGGAAUCAGAACUAGAUGCCGAGCUUGAAGCUCUUGGAGAAGAAAUGGAGUUUGAAGCAUCACAAAGUGAAGCUACCGGUUUACCAUCUUAUCUAUUGGAUUCUUCUGAUUUACCUAACUUUGUCGACAUGCCUGUGGAUACACCUGCAGAAGCGGAAAAGAAAGAAGCAGAACCUGCUCAAAAGGAAACCGCUUCAUAA